UGAUGAUGAUGAUGAUGGUGGUGGAUGUAAACAAGAGGAUAGCACGUGUUACACAGACUAAGGGAACUAAGGAAGACACUGCCAUAGCUCACCACUCUACCACGGCCCUGAAGGAAGGACGGGAGGAAAACAUAAUAUCUCAAUGAUCGGUGUGGCUUUAAACAAGAAGUAGGAAACAACAAAAUUAAAAAAGACAGGAGGUAUGGAGGACGCCGCACCCUUGCUGAGUGAGAAUGGUGGGGAGGAUGAGGAGAGGAGGCCGAAGAGACGCAAGCCAGGGAUUGUGUAUCUGUCGUCCAUCCCGCCCAACAUGAACGUGGCCAAGAUCAGGCAGUACUUCACCAACUUUGGCGAGUUGGACAGAGUGUUCCUGCAGGCUGUGGACAAAGAUGACAAGAACAAAGGAAGCAGUAAGGGGAAGAAGUUUAAGAAGAGCCUGCACUUCACUGAGGGUUGGGUGGAGUUCAAGAGCAAGAGGAAGGCUAAGCAGGUCCACGUGUGCCUCAAUAACCAGCCAGUCGGGGGCAAGAAGAAGAACAACCCUUACUAUGAUAUGCUGUGGAAUAUUAAGUACUUGCCCAGGUUUAAGUGGGCGUAUCUGAAGCAGAGGCUGGAGUAUGAGAGGGAAAUGACAAGGCAGCGCAUGGGGGCAGAGAUAUCACAGGUCAGGAAGGAGACCGACCACUUCUUAAAGCUCUCGGAGAUCAGCAAGAAGAAGAAGAAGAGGAAGGAGGCAGCCAAGGAAGGGAAGGAAGAAGUUGCUAGUGCUGAUAAUGCAGAAAGUAAGGAUAAGGUGUUUGUCUUCAAGCAGAAAGACACAGAGGAGGAGAAACUGAGUAAAAAGGAAGAAAGGAAGAGGAAAAAUGAGAUGUUUAGGAAAAGGAUAGCUGAUAAGAAGAAAAAGAAGCAGAAGAAGAAAGUAGAGAAGCCUGUUGACUUUUUGGGGUCUGUUUUUGUUGGCCACUUAGCUACACCACUGUUGGCUGUGUUGUCAUCUGUGUGUAUUUGUAUGUGUGUGUAAUAAAACCAUAUGUGUAA